CUGUUUAAUUCAGUGAGUGCCGAAACGUACACCCACUCUGACUGAUCCAUUAGGUCUGUGAUCCCUACUGGUUUUCUGAAGACUGUUUGCAAAAAGGUGUGAGUGUGUGUGCAUAAGAAAUAAGAGGCAUUCAAGGAGCUUUGAAGAAACGUUCCUGUAGUUUUCUUCAUCUGAAUCUUCUUCGAGGGGCAAAGAUGGAGCGAAUGCAGGACGAAAAGCCGCAGAAGAAGGUGACAUUUUACCUGCUGUUCAGCGUUUCAACAGCUGUCAUCGGCUCGCUACAGUUUGGCUACAACACAGGGGUCAUCAACGCACCAGAGCAGAAACUGCGUAGGUUUUUCCAGAAUGUGUCGAUGGAGCGGUACGGGGAGCCUUUCAGCCCAGGAGCCAACACCAUGGUGUGGAGCUUUGCGGUGGCCAUCUUCAGUGUGGGAGGCAUGGUCGGGUCCUUCUCUGUCGGAGCUGUCGUAAACAAAUUCGGAAGGCGUAAGGCCAUGCUGCUUGCUAACAUCCUGGCCAUCCUCGGUGGGGGUUUCAUGGGACUGUCGACUUUGGCUCGUUCUUUCGAGAUGGUCAUCAUCGGGCGGUUGAUCAUCGGUGUGUUCUGCGGCCUGUGCACGGGGCUGACACCCAUGUACGUGGGCGAGAUCUCUCCCACUGCUCUCCGAGGAGCCUUCGGCACGCUGCAUCAACUGGGAGUGGUUAUUGGCAUCCUGGUGGCACAGAUCUUUGGUCUGGAGUUUCUGCUUGGCUCAGACCUUCUGUGGCCUCUGCUGCUGGCUCUCACCAUCCUGCCAGCCAUACUGCAGAGCAUCUUGCUGCCUUUCUGUCCUGAAAGCCCCCGCUACCUGCUGAUCAGCCUCAACCAGGAGGAGGAGGCCAGGAAAGCGACAGUGCGUCUGCGCGGCUAUGAGGAUGUGAGCGAGGAUAUUAAUGAGAUGAAGGAAGAAGGGAUGAAGAUGGCCUUGGAGAAGAAAGUGACCAUCCCUGAACUCUUCCGCUCCCCAAACUACCGCCAACCAAUCAUCAUAGCCAUAAUCCUGCAGCUCUCCCAGCAGCUGUCUGGUAUCAAUGCUGUGUUCUAUUAUUCUACAGGUAUAUUUGACACAGCUGGUGUCACUCAGCCCAUCUACGCCACCAUAGGAGCUGGAGUUGUUAACGUCGUGUUUACUGUAGUUUCCCUCUUCCUGGUCGAACGGGCGGGGCGAAGAACCUUGCAUCUGAUUGGUCUGGCAGGAAUGGCUUUCUUUGCCCUCAUUAUGACGAUCUCCCUGUCUUUGGUGAAGACCACCCCGUCUCUGAGCUACCUGGCCAUCGUGGCUGUGUUCGGCUUUGUUGCCAGUUUUGAGAUGGGUCCAGGUCCAAUCCCCUGGUUCAUCGUGGCUGAGCUCUUCUCCCAGGGGCCCCGACCUGCUGCCAUGGCCGUCUCCGGUUUAUCCAACUGGACCGCCAACUUCCUUGUGGGGCUGGGUUUCCCUAAACUUGAGGAACUGUGUGGUCCUUACGUCUUCAUCAUCUUCAUGAUCUUCCUCAUCUUUUUCUUCAUCUUCACUUUCCUGCGAGUACCCGAGACCAGAGGAAGGACCUUUGACGACAUUGCUCAGGGAUUCGCUGCCAGCGCAGGAAAACCCUCCCCGGUUCCAGAGCCGAUGGCCGCCGCCCUGACAGAGGGCAAAGAAGCUCCUCCAUCCUCCCCUACAGACAAGGUCCCCAUGGUGAAUCUUCCUUAGAGAGAAGAAAUAUCAGGGCACAACACAGACAAAGGUUUUAAACACAUAGUAAGGAGUUAUAUUUCAUAACACAAAGUGAAAGAGCAAAGGAAGGUUUAAAGAAUUAAAAGGUUCCCUCGUCACAAACAUGCUUUAAUAAUAGAAUUCCCUGUAAUCCCGCUUUAAACAUGGGCCAAACUUAACUGUAUUACUAGUACUUAAUAAUAGUUGACAUUCCCAUUGCCAGCCCGACGCAUACUGCCUUAUAAGAGGAUCAACAUAUGUUCAGCCUUAAGUCCCAGGUCUUCAGCUACCCCCAUGUUAAAAGGUUGUGGGAUUUGUGUGUGUGUGUGUGUGUGUGGGGGGGGGGGGGGGGGGGGGGCACUGGUUAUGUAUUGAGGUCAAGCUUGAAAAGCUGGUUUUGGAACCUGGUAGUUUGACCCAAAAAAGAACGACUGACUUGCUGUCCUGUCUGCAUGCCUGAUGUGCUUUGCUGCCUGGGAAUGAAUGAGUGUGUUACAGCAGCCCCUCUCCCAUUAAAGUGCACAAAAAAGCACACUUAGAAUACAAAUAUUCAAGCGUGUAGCAGAAUAGAAAUAUUUAUUCCAAUCCUGGAGCGCAACAUCUCAUGAGAGAAGAGAGUGUUUGUGUUGGUGUGUUGUUUGAAAUGAUAGAAAAUAAACAAGACAGUAAAUUACAGCUGUCCGUUUCACCGACGUUGUUGAGGUGUAAGGCUAGCACUGUGAUGCUUUUAAAUGUCUGCUAAUAGGCUUUCUGCUCCUAAAAAACACAACCUAACCUCUUGUUUUGGAUGAUUUCAGCCAGUUUAUUGUAGUGCAGUCGCUUAAAGUUAGCGUUACAGCUUUUGGAUAAAAAACUCAGGUGGCUACUUGUGUUGCGCAGAAAACACAUUUAUCAUCACUGUACUUGAAUCUCUCUUCACAUCAGGAGCAGUAACUUCUGCAUCCUAGGCUAACAACAGCAUCAUCUUGCUGUCUCUAAAACAGUAUUUCAUUAAAUCACAAAAGCUCAUCAGUGUUAUACAGUAAUUUGAGGUUAAUGUAUUCCUGAAGCACCUUAAAAUCGACUGAUAACAACAAUACAUGUCUAACAUGGAAGAUAAUAGAUAUCACAUUGAUGAUAUUAGCCAAGUGGGAUAGUAAUGUUGAGUAAUAAUAACACUAAAUGAAUUGUAUUUAUUUUAGGAGUUAAUGCACAAAUAACGUCUUAUUGAUUGUUGUUCUAAUUUUCUGAAAUUAUGUACAUAUAUAUUGUAGUCUUUCAGUAACUGAAUCAGGAUGAACUAUUACAACACAGUGUACAUGCUUAUAUAUGUUGUGUCAAUGUUUGUACAGUUGGACUUCUUCUUGGAUGUGGGCCCACUCAUAAGGAAGCAUUUUUCAAUGUUUGAGCUUUGCAGCGUUUUUAUUUGCACUCGGACUACUUUGAAAUAAUUGUUUAUAUUGUGUGUCUCUCUGUAAAUAUAUUGUAUGCAUUAGGAUGUUUGGUUGUGCUUCAUAAUCCUGUUAAUCUGCUACAUUUACUGAUUUUUCUUGCACUGUCACUAUGAUGGACGUCACAAUGGUAAACAGAAGUCAGAAACGAGUGUGCGUGAGAGUCACAGUCUGCAGUAAUAAUAUUAGUGACACUUGCUCUGAGAAACUAAAAAAAGGAAAUAAAGUUGUCCAUCUUUUAA